AUGGCCGCGCGCGGCUCCCACGGCACCGCCGUCGUCACCGUCACCGUCACCGUCGUCACCGCCGCGCUGGCGACAGGCGGAAGUGCCACUUCCCACCCCGGGCAGCGCGGCGCAGGCGGCUGCGGCUCCAACAGUGGCUCCGGCUCCGGGAAGGACCGGGAAUUCUCCAGGGGGAAUUGCGGCGGGCGGCUCCAUCCCGGCCCUAUCCGGGCUCAUCCCGGCUCGUCCCGCUCCGCAGCCGGCCAGCCCCGCUUCGCCGAGGAGCCCGAGGACCAGACGGUGGUGGCCGGCCAGAGGAUCGUGCUCUCCUGCGUGGUGCUCAACUACUCGGGCAUCGUGCAAUGGACCAAGGACGGGCUGGCGCUGGGCAUGGGGCAGGGCCUCAAAGCGUGGCCCCGCUACCGCGUGGUGGGCACGGCGGCCUGGGGCCAGCACAACCUGGAGAUCAGCGGCGCCGAGCUCUCCGAUGACGCCGCCUACGAGUGCCAGGCCACGGAGGCGGCGCUGCGCUCGCGCCGCGCCAAGCUCACCGUGCUCAUCCCCCCCGAGGACCCCACCAUCGACGGGGCGCCCGAGAUCCUGCUGCGCGCGGGGACGCCCUACAACCUGACGUGCCGGGCGCGCAGCGCCAAGCCGGCCGCCACCAUCGUGUGGUACCGCGACGGGCUGCAGCAGGACGGCGCCGUGGCCAGCACGGAGCUGCUGCCCGACGGCAAGCGGGAGAGCACCACGAGCCGCCUGGGCAUCAACCCCACGGAGCUGGACGGCGGGCGCGUGUUCUCGUGCCGCAGCGCCAACGCCGCCGUGCCCGCCGGCAAGGAGGCCUCCGUGCGGCUCAACGUGCACCACCCGCCCACGGUGACGCUCUCCAUCCAGCCGCAGACGGUGCAGGAGGGCGAGCGCGUGGUGUUCACGUGCGCCGCCACCGCCAACCCCGAGAUCAAGGGCUACCGGUGGGCCAAGGGCGGCGUGGUGAUCGAGGAGGCCAAGGAGAACCGCUAUGAGACGCAGGUGGACUACUCGUUCUUCACGGAGCCCGUGUCGUGCGAGGUGCACAACGCCGUGGGCAGCACCAACGUCAGCACGCUGGUGGACGUGCACUUCGCCCCGCGCAUCGUGGUGGACCCCAAGCCCACGACGACGGACGUGGGCUCCGACGUGACGCUGACGUGCGCCUGGGCGGGCAACCCGCCGCUCACGCUCACCUGGACCAAGAAGGAGUCCAACAUGGUGCUCAGCAACAGCAACCAGCUGUACCUGAAGUCGGUGACGCAGGCGGACGCGGGGCAGUACGUGUGCAAGGCCAUCGUGCCGCGCAUCGGCGUGGGCGAGCGCGAGGUCACCCUCUUCGUCAACGGGCCGCCCAUCAUCUCGAGCGAGGCGGUGCAGUACGCGGCGCGCGGCGACCGCGGCAAGGUGGAGUGCUUCAUCGGCAGCACGCCGCCGCCGGACCGCAUCGCGUGGGCCUGGAAGGAGAACAUCCUGGAGGCCGGCACGCUGGAGCGCUACACGGUGGAGCGGAGCAACACGGGCGCCGGCGUCCUCUCCACGCUCACCAUCAACAACGUGAUGGACGCCGACUUCCAGACGCGCUACAACUGCACGGCCUGGAACAGCUUCGGGCCCGGCACCGCCAUCAUCCAGCUGGACGAGCGAGAGGGGCUGCCCGUGGGCAUCAUCGCCGGCGGCACCAUCGGCGCCAGCGUGCUGCUCGUGGCCUUCCUGGCGGCGCUCGCCUGCGUGCUGUACCGGCGCCGCAAAGGCAGCCGCAAGGACGUCACCCUGCGCAAGCUGGACAUCCAGGUGGAGACGGUGAACCGGGAGCCGCUGGCGCUGCACGCGGAGCGCGAGGACGACGCGGGCAGCGUCUCCACGGCCACGCGCGUCAUGAAGGCCAUCUACUCGUCCUUCAAGGACGACGUGGAGCUCAAGCAGGACCUGCGCUGCGACACGCUGGACACGCGCGAGGAGUACGAGCUCAAGGACCCCACCAACGGCUACUACAACGUGCGGGCGCACGAGGAGCGCCCGGCGUCGCGCAGCGUCCUCUACGGCGACUACCGCGGCGGCGGCGGCGGCGGCGGGCGCUACGAGGCGCGGCCGCCCUCGCGCCUCUCGCACGCCAGCGGCUACGCGCAGCUCAGCACGUACGGCCGCGGCGGCGCCGAGUACGGCGCCGAGGCGGCGCCGGAGCCGCUGCCCUACGAGGGCGGCUACGGCGGCGGCCACCUGGGCUACGGCAGCUACCGGCUGGGCUACGGCGCGGCGCUGGAGCGGCCGCCCUACGAGGCGUACGAGGCCAUGGGCAAGGUCGGCGGCGCCGGGCGCUUCUCCUACGCGUCGCAGCACUCGGACUACGGGCAGCGCUUCCAGCAGCAGCAGCGCAUGCAGACGCACGUGUGAGGCUCCUGAUAUUCAGGGGCCGGCGGGGCGCCGCGGCGGCGUUCCGGAGGGCCGGAGGCGGCGCUUCCCGC